AUGUCACCCGUGUUAUGCACACGUUCUACUCCCCCACCCUCGCUGUUAGCAGAACAAGUGUUAUUUGUCUUUGGUCUUUUUGAAUGUGCGAUAUUAUUACGAGGAGACAAGUUUACACUUGAAAUAAUUAAACAUCUAUGUGAAAAAGAUAUAGCCAUUAUUUUAGUUAAGGGCUUUGGUGGAGAGGUAGACGAGCUCGUUAAAGAAUUAGAAUCUCUAGAGGAAACACCAAAGGAAGAGUCAGAUACCCCGGAAACAUGGCAAAGGACAAAGAUAAAUAGAGAUAUUUUAGAAACUUUGAAGAAACAUAAAAAAUACGAAAUACUCGAUUUCACAUCGGACAACCGGGAUUCUCUCAAAAAAAGUAUUCUUACUGCACUGCUUAUGACAAGUAAACACACUAAAAAUGUGAACCUACUGAAAUUGUGCAUUGAAUUCAAUCAGUAUGAGGUUUUCAAGAUUUAUGAUAGCAAUAUUAUUCCAAAUUUUAAUCUUGAGAAAGAACAGUGGUUGACACAAAUUCUACCGCAUGCUGUGACUUUAAAACGUCAACAAUUUAUUGAACAUUUCAUCAACAAUGGAAGUAAUUUUACACUUGUCUUUUCAUUGUCUGCACUGAAUAAACUCUAUACAGAUACACAGUGGAGUGCAAAUGAAAAAAUAAUGGAUUUGAAUGAAGUUUCACCACGUCUUAGAGAAUACUUAGGGGAAUUCUUCUCUUUCAAACGUUAUAAGAAAGAGGAUAUUAGUAACUAUAUAGCCAGACAAGACAAGGACGUCUAUCCAAGUAAACUUAAUAAAAAUGCACUACGGGAUUUGUUUGUAUGGUCACUUCUAGCAGAUGAAAUAGAACUUUCAAAGGUGUUUUGGAAAAACGUUGAUCAUCCCAUCAUAGCAGCACUAUUUGCCUUUGGCAUUUUUAGAGAAAAAACAAAACGAGAUCCAACGAAUAAUGUAAAGAAAUAUUCUGAUGCUAAGAAUUUCUACGAAAAGUGUGCCACUGAUCUGAUUGCCGAAUCAUAUAGUAAGGAUAAAGAGCUCACAUUUAAGAUUCUGCUACAAAAGAUACCUAAGUGGGGAAACACAAGUUGUAUUGAACUGGCCAUGGAAACAUAUAAUAAAACUUUUCUCUCGGAGAAGGCUUGUAUUAAGGUUCAGCAUAAAAUAUGGAAAAACAGUGUGAAUUUCAUUAAUCAAUUGCAUUUUCAAAAAACUAUAAACGAUGAUAACGUGGAAACCGAGAACGAUAAAAAUAGCAAGUGUCAAAGCUGCAGCAAGACGGUUUCACCUGAAGUUUUAUUUUACCUUGACUUGUUUGGAUUUCUGGCAUUUUUGGUAAUUUAUGCAUAUUGGCUUGUAAUCGAGCUUCAGCAGCAGUCUUUCCAUUGGCUGGAAUGGGCUGUGUGGGCCUGGAUAAUCACAUUUUGCCUUGAUGGAUUUCACAAAGUAAAGUUCAGAUUUUUACUAAACUAA